AUGCCAGGCAGACUCACCAAGGGUCUGUGUCUACAGGUUUUUGCAGGCUCUUCAGCCAGCCUUGGUGCUUUUGCGGCAGCUACUCUCUUCGGAUGGGUCACUCCGAUACUCCCUCACCUACUGGGGCCGGACAGCGAGAUAAGGAUGAGUCCACAGGAAGCAUCAUGGAUGAUAUCAACCCCGGAAUUUGCCAACAUGAUCACUCCCAUCCCCUCCGGGCUGCUGAUAGACCGCUUUGGAAGGAAGCCUCUCUUGCUGAUAUCUGCUCCAUUAUUUACCCUGGGCUGGGCUAUCAUCCUCUGCUGGAGAACCUAUUCCUCCCUCCUCGUCGCAAGAACUAUACAAGGAGCAGCAGUAGGGAUUGUUUUCACUGCAGUACCUGUCUACUUGGGAGAAAUCGCCAGUUUGGAAAACCGAGGGGCCAUAACUAGUUUAUUUUUUCUAUUUUCCUGGAGUGGAUAUCUCUUUGAGUAUUGUACCGGCCCCUUUAUGUCAUUCACCAACUUCACCUACUUGACUUUAGCAACUACAGUUGUAUAUUUCUUACUCAUGUUGGUGCAACCGGAAAGUCCUUACUUUUGUCUGAUGAAGGGAAAUGAGACUGCAGCGUACAGAUCAUUAAGGUGGUUUAGAACAGGUUCUGAAGACUCGAUUUGUCAAGAGUUAGAUGAGAUUAAACGGAGUGUAGAAGAAGACAAGAUGAAGAAGACUAACUGGGGAGAAGUGGUAGCGACACAGACUGACAGAAAAGCUUUGUUCCUCAUGCUGUUUGCUGGCUCGUUACGGAUAUUGUGUGGCAUAAUGCCGACUACAUCGUAUGCUACGAGAAACUUCAUGACGACAGACGUUGCUAUUGCUCCAAAAUACAUCACUAUGGUUCUAGGCUUCGUUUUAGUUUUAGGUGCGAUUGUCAGUUUUUUCACAAUAGACAUUUUGGGCAGAAGACCACUCAUAAUUUGUUCUUCUUUCGGAGCUUCCGUGUGUUUAUUCAUCGCAGGAGUGUACUACUACUUGCAGUCCAACACUGAAGUAGAUGUUUCUGCCUACAGCUGGGUAGCCCCUGCAGCAACCCUUGUCUACGCGGGCAUCGUAGUGGCCGGCAUGUGUCCUGUCCAUACAGCCUAUACUUCGGAACUAUUCAACUCCAACACUCGAGCCAAUGCCUCCAGUAUUGCUGCGGUUUUAUCAACUUUUUUCACUCUAGUUACUUUAAAGUCCUACCAAAACUUUAUAGAUUGGUUUGGGGUGUAUUUCAACUAUUUGUUAUUCAGUGUGAUUUGCUUUUUUGGUGCCUUAAUAUCUUUUUUUGUGAUGCCAGAAACAAAAAACAAGUCUUUUGAACAGAUAAGAGAUGACUUAAAAAAAUAACCAAGACUUAAGAUGUGUAAGCAAAUGAUUGGAUAAUUCACCAAGCUAUUCAAUAAAAUUCGAUGUAUAGUAUAUUUAAUUUAAUUUAUUACAAAUAUUUAAUAAGCUGAUUAGUUUUAAUUUUACUUGUUUAGGUUUUCCUGGAAUAGUGGCUCCCAAAUACCACUGAAUCAAAUAUGUAUAAAAUGGCAUUUAAUAUUUUAUCAACUGUACAUUCAAAUAUGAUUAACACGAUUAAAAUAUAAAUUUUAAGACAGAUGUUUUUGUAAUAGCUACUAGGAUGGUUUAACAAAAUCCUUUCCAAACAAAUAAUAAUUUAUAGAUUAUAAAAAUUCCUGUUUAUAAAUACAUUUUAUGGUCUUUGGUUCUUCCUUUCUUAGUACAUAGUUUAUUUGACUAAGAUAUAUUUACUAAAAAUAUUUAAAGAGAAAGAAAAACUUCUGCGGCAGCAAACCUGCAGAUAUGUAGUGAAUUUCCAUUUGCCUGAUUGGAUUUUUACUUUGUUUCAUAAUUUUCAUUCAUGUUGCUGUGCUAACUGCUAUUACAAUAUUGACAAUAUUGUAAUAUAUUUAAAGAACUUGAACGGAUAGUGUGUUUUUGUCCUCUGUGGACAUCAUAAUGAAAAAGUAAAUCGGUCCCGGGUCCAGGUCUUACCAUGAGACCUACAGUAAUAGCUUAUAUCCUACAUGGGAAAUUCCCUGAAACCAGUGCUCGAUUUGGGGGGGAACGCGGCGGAACGGAGUUCCGGUACCUCUGUUUCAGAUAGAUAAAAAUGUUAGCAUAUUUAAACUAUUAUAUUAAGUUUUAUCUCGGGUCUCAUUCCACAAGUCUUUUAGGUAAUUUGGUUCCAAGAGAAACUUAAUUACAGAACUUUGGGAAUAUAAAUUAUAAACUUAAGUACCACAGAU